AUGACGAGUAGGCCAGCCAAGCCUUCCAUCUUCAAGUUGCGGUUUGAGGACAGCCGAGCGAAAAUCACCGAGGCUAGUAAGGUUAUCCGAGAUGCGGAUCGGCACGUUGAGGGGAAUGUGACAAAGAUUGCAGAGCUCUCGUCCAAGUUAGCCAAAGCUGAUAAGGCGUUAAUGAGUGUCGAGGAGGCUAGGGCUGUUGUAGAAGUGGCAAAGGAUGCGGUUUUUCGGUUUUGUGCUGCGGAGGUGGAGGCGGCCAAGAAGGAAGCCGUGGGCGACAACCGAUCCUCGAAGGAGUUCACCGUGCUGCUGGACAAGAAAGUCAUGGACCAGUGUGACGACCUUGUCUACUGGUUUAAGCGCUACAACGCAGACAAGAAGCUGAACCUGAACUUCCUCCGGGAUCCUCAUUCGAUGCCCGAAUGUGUCACAAAGGAGAUGGUAGAGGCAUAUAAGGGUGAAGAUGUCCAUGCUGACUCCUCAUAUGACACCGACUCGAGUAGCUAG